GAUUCCAUACCCCUGCAAACUGAAGCUAGAAUUGCUGUACCGGUCGCUUUGAGAGUGGAAGUUCACAGUCCAAACAAAAACAAAAACUUCUUUUCAUUUAAUUCUUUUUUAAUUCUCUCCCCCCCUCACACACACAUUUCUUUGUUUUCUCUCUCUUGUUGCUCUUUUCUUUUUUUCUUUUUUCUUUUUUUUUUAAUUUUCAAAGAGCGUUUCUUUUCUCUUUCUUGCAGAAAUCGAGCUUCUCUUCUUUGAGCACUGAAUUAGAGAAUUCGACAUAUUGAGUGAAAGAUGGAGAAUGUCUUGUUUUGAUGUACUUAUCAAGGAAAGCUGAUUGAAAUUUUGAAGAGGAGAUGGGGAGACGGCGCCUUAGGGAGUCUAUAAAAUCAUUCUUUGGAAGUCACGUUGAUCCAGAGAAAGUUGAACAGCUAAAAGGAACUAAAACAGAAUGGGAUAACAAAGUGGAAAAGAUCUUGAAGCUUAUCAAAGAGCAGGACCUUGAAGAAAAAGAUGAGAUCUUAGCAGAGAACUCCAGAAAAGAACCUCUGAUUGGGCUCAUUAUGGAUUUUCACAGGCACUACCAAUCACUAUAUGAGCAAUAUGAUCAUCUAACGGGAGAGCUACGAAAGGAUUUUCACGGAAAACCAAAAACAGAAACCUCUUCUUCAUCAAGUUCGGACUCAGAACCCGAUCUUUCUUCAAAGGACAAAGGCAGUAAAAAUGGAAAAUUGGAAAGUCAAUAUCAGAAAAUAACAGAAGAUGUGAAGCAAGAACUUUUAACAGCAAAUCUAGAAGUUGCAGAUCUGAAGAGUAAGUUGAAAGCUGCCACUGAAGAAAAGGAAGCUUUGAAUAUGGAAUAUCAGACAGCUUUAAGUAGGAUACAAGAAGCGGAGGGGAUCAUUAAAUAUUUGAAGUUAGAAAAUGGAGAACUCAAGCAAGACCUAGAUGCUUAUGGCAAUAAAGAAAAAGAAUUGAAUCAGAGAUUGGAGGAGAUUAGCAAAGAGAAGGACAACUUGAAUCUAGAAGUUGCAGACCUGAAGAUUAAGUUGACAGCUACGACUGAAGAAAAGGAAGCUUUCAAUUUGGAACAUCAGACCGCUUUAAGCAGGAUACAAGAAGCAGAGGAGAUAAUUAGAAAUUUGAAGUUAGAAGCUGAAAGAUUAGAUGCGGAGAAAGAGAAACUUUCAGUCGAGAAUGGAGAGCUCAAGCAAGACCUAGAUGCUUAUGGGAAUACAGAAGCAGAAUUGAAUCAGAAAUUAGAGGAGAUGAUCAAAGCGAAGGACAACUUGACUCUAGAAGUCACAGACCUAAAGAGUAAGUUGACAGCUACCACUGAAGAAAAGGAAGCUUUCAAUUCGGAACAUCAGACAGCUUUAAGCAGGAUACAAGAAGCAGAGGAGAUCAUUAGAAAUUUGAAGUUAGAAGCUGAAAGAUUAGAUGUGGAGAGAGAGAAAUUUUCGAUUGAGAAUACAGAACUCAAGCAAGACCUAGAUGCUUAUGGCAAUAAAGAAAAAGAAUUGAAUCAGAGAUUGGAGGAGAUUAGCAAAGAGAAGGACAACUUGAAUCUAGAAGUUGCAGACCUGAAGAGUAAGUUGACAGCUAUGACUGAAGAGAAGGAAGCUUUCAAUUUGGAACAUCAGACUGCUUUAAGCAGGAUACAAGAAGCAGAGGAGAUAAUUAGAAAUUUGAAGUUAGAAGCUGAAAGAUUAGAUGCGGAGAAAGAGAAACUUUCAGUCGAGAAUGGAGAGCUCAAGCAAGACCUAGAUGCUUAUGGGAAUACAGAAGCAGAACUGAAUCAGAGAUUGGAGGAGAUGAGCAAAGCGAAGGACAACUUGACUCUGGAAGUCACAGACCUAAAGAGUAAGUUGACAGCUAUCGCUGAAGAAAAGGAAGCUUUCAAUUCGGAACAUCAGACAACUUUAAGCAGGAUACAAGAAGCAGAGGAGAUCAUUAGAAAUUUGAAGUUAGAAGCUGAAAGAUUAGAUGUGGAGAGAGAGAAAUUCUCGAUUGAGAAUAGAGAACUCAAGCAAGACCUAGAUGCUUAUGGCAAUAAAGAAAAAGAAUUGAAUCAGAGAUUGGAGGAGAUUAGCAAAGAGAAGGACAACUUGAAUCUAGAAGUUGCAGACCUGAAGAUUAAGUUGACAGCUACGACUGAAGAAAAGGAAGCUUUCAAUUUGGAACAUCAGACCGCUUUAAGCAGGAUACAAGAAGCAGAGGAGAUAAUUAGAAAUUUGAAGUUAGAAGCUGAAAGAUUAGAUGCGGAGAAAGAGAAACUUUCAGUCGAGAAUGGAGAGCUCAAGCAAGACCUAGAUGCUUAUGGGAAUACAGAAGCAGAAUUGAAUCAGAAAUUAGAGGAGAUGAUCAAAGCGAAGGACAACUUGACUCUAGAAGUCACAGACCUAAAGAGUAAGUUGACAGCUACCACUGAAGAAAAGGAAGCUUUCAAUUCGGAACAUCAGACAGCUUUAAGCAGGAUACAAGAAGCAGAGGAGAUCAUUAGAAAUUUGAAGUUAGAAGCUGAAAGAUUAGAUGUGGAGAGAGAGAAAUUCUCGAUUGAGAAUAGAGAACUCAAGCAAGACCUAGAUGCUUCUGGGAACAAAGAAGAAGAAUUGAAUCAGAGAUUGGAGGAAAUGAGCAAAGAGAAGGACGACUUGAAUGUAGAAGUUGCAGACCUGAAGAGUAAGUUGACAGUUACCACGGAAGAAAAGGAAGCUUUAAAUUUGGAACAUCAGACAGCUUUAAGGAGGAUACAAGAAGCAGAGGAGGUCCUUAGAAAUUUGAAGUUAGAAGCCGAAAGAUUAAAUGCAGAGAAAGAGAAACUUUCAGUUGAGAAUGGAGAACUCAAGCAAGACCUUGGUGGUUCUGCCAUUAAAGAAGCAGAACUGAAUCAGAGAUUGGAGAAGAUGAGCCAAGAGAAGGUUGACUUGGUUGUGGAGAACGAGACUGCCAUGACAAAGAUUGAAGAGGGUGCACAAAUAGCUGAAGAUUUAAAAAUUGCUGCUGAUAAGCUGCAAGAAGAAAAGGUAGCACUUGGGCAAGAACUAGAAAGGUUUAGAGCUGAUAUUGCUAGUAUGAAGCAGCAACUGGAAUCUGCAGAGCUGCAAGUGAGAGAUUUAAGCCAAAAUUUGACAGUUUCUGUGGAAGAGAAUAAAUCUCUGACUUCAACAAUUUCAGUACUAAAUCAUGAAUUGGAAGUUUUGAACAGUGAGAAAGACAACCUACUUAUGGAGAAAGAGACUGCUGUGAGAAGAAUUGAAGAGGUGGAAAAGACUGCUGAAGACUUGAGAAUCUUUGCUGAUGCAUUGCAGGAUGAAAAAGAAACUACUGGGCAAGACCUAGAAACUCUUAGGAAGGAAAUUUUCAGCACAAAGCAGCAACUGGAAUCUGCAGAACAGAAAGUAUCAGAUCUUGCUCACAAUCUGAAAGUUGCUGAAGAAGAGAAUCUUUCUCUAACCUCAAAAGUUUCAGAUACUUUAAAUGAGAUUCAGCAGGCACGGAACACAAUACAAGAUCUUGCAACUGAAUCGGGUCAAUUAAAGGAGAAACUGCAUGAUAGGGAAAGGGAGUUUUCAUCUCUUUCAGAGAUGCAUGAGGCACAUGGGAACAAAUCAUCAGCUCAGAUAAUGGAACUAGAGGCACUAGUCACUUCCUUACAACUGGAGCUUGAAUCAUUACAAUCCCUGAAUAGAAAUAUGAAGGUGCAGAUUGAGAGCAAAAUGUCUGAAGCAAAACAAGUUGGAGAAGAAAAUCUCCGUCUGGAAGCCAGAAUUUCAGAACUUGAAAUGAUAUCAAAAGAGAGAGGGGAUGAGCUGUCUACUCUUAUAAAGAAACUUGGGGAUAAUGAGAAAGAAUCGUCGUCUAGAGCAGACAGUCUGACGUCGCAAAUCAACUCUCUGCUAGCAGAAUUGGAAUCUUUACACACCGAGAAAACAGAGCUGGAAGAGCAGAUUGUAAGUAAAGGUGAUGAAGCUUCAAUUCAGGUUAAGGGUCUCAUGGAUCAGGUUAAUGAGUUACGAAGGCAACUGAAUUCCUUAUGCAAUGAGAAAGCUGAAUUGGAAGUGCAACUCCAGAAUAAAACUCAGGAAAUAUCGCAGUUCCUGAUUCAAAUAGAAACCCUGAAAGAGGAAAUAGCAUGCAAUACUGAGGAUCGCCAGAGAACACUUGGAGAGAAAGAAAGUUUGACAGGGCAAAUUAAUGAUCUGGGAUUGGAGAUGGAGACUCUACGCGACCAGAAAACUGAUCUCGAAGAGCAAAUAAGAACUGAAGUUAAGGAGAAUGGGCGAAUGGGAGAGGAAAUGCAGGGGUUGCGGGAUCAAAUUUUUAGAUUGGAGAAAACAAUAACAGAGAGAAGGCUCGAGUUCGCUGCCCUUCAGGCAAGAUAUGAGGAUGAAGCUUCUGCUAAAAUAAUGACCUUAACUGCACAGGCUAACAGUCUGCAACUGGAAUUAGAUUCCUUGCAGGCUGAGAAAAACGAAUUGCAGUUGCAGCUUGAGAAAGAGAAACAAGAUAAUCUGGGAAUCCUUGCCCAAAUGGAAAACGAAAAGACAGAGCUCAUGAGCCGGAUCACGGAUCAACAAAAAGUGCUGGAAGAAAAGGAGGACACAGUCAGGAGGUUCAGUGAGGAGUUUAAGCAAGUGGAACAUUGGUUUGAGGAGUGCAAGGGAAAUCUUGAGGCAUCUGAAAGGAAAGUGGAAGAAUGCCAGAAGAUCUCUAGUUCCAAAGAUGAGAUGGUUGCUGAAUUGGAAGAAGCAGUUGAGGACCUGAAGAAAGAUCUUGAACUAAAAGGAGAUGAGCUUACUUCUCUGGUUGCAGAUGUCAGAACAAUUGAAGUUAAGCUUCGGUUAUCUAACCAGAAGCUCCGGGUCACAGAACAAUUACUAUCUGAGAAGGAAGAGAGCUUUAAAAAGGCUGAAGCCAGUUACCUGCAAGAGCAGAGAAUACUGCAGGAAAGGGUUGCUACACUGUCUGGAAUAAUUGCUGAUAUAAAAGACGCAUGUCACAGGAUGGUCAAAGAUACUUCAGAGACAGUAAACAGUACCUUGAAAGGAAUGGAAAUUUUGACCCUCAGAGUUGAAGAGGACUGUAGCAGAUACGCACAAUGUAUUUUGGAACUGUCGAUCGAGUUGCAGAUUGUGAAGAAUCAAUUAAUUGAGAUGAAGAAUAAGAAGGAGCAACUAGGAAAAGAGGUGGGUGAUCUAGUUGUGCAACUGCAGAGUACAAAAGGACGGGAAUUGGCAUUGAGAGAGAAAGUUGAAGGCUUAGAGGUUAAGGGAAGCAAGGAUGAAGGGGAGAAACAGAACUUAAGCAAAGCUAUCAGUGAACUGCUCAGAAAGGUAGCAGCACUGGAGACAAAGAUGAAAGAGAAGGAUGAAGGUAUAGUAGACCUGGGGGAAGAGAAGAGGGAGGCCAUCAGGCAGCUGUGUGUGUGGAUUGAUUAUCACCGCAGUCGCUAUGAUUAUCUCAGAGAAAUGGUGUCGAAGAUGCCAGUAAGAGACCAGAGGACAUCUUAGAAGUCUCCAUUUUCCUAUCCCAGUACAUUCAUUUUGGUAUUUGUUCGAGAAUUAUGUUCCAUUUCUUCAAUUUUUUUCCUAUAAGGGCAUUGUCAAUAUCACAUUCUAGGCAAUGGUUGAUCGUUAUUGGUUACCAUAUAUCAUAAGACUGGCUUGCAUUCGAUUCAUCAACACUAGAGUUGUAUAGAAUUCUUGGUCAUUGAUCAUGUUCUGUAUUGUGCUUGGAAAUAUGGUUUUGGAUUGCGACUUUAAACAUUCUUAUACUGUUAUUCAUUACAAGUUUAUGGAAUAAAGUAGGAAAUUCGAACACAA